GACGGGUCCUCCGCACAGCUGUGCGCAAGCGCAGGCAUCCGCCCCAACUUUCUCUCAUCCACCCGACCUCCCGGCGUAUCCGCCUUCUCUUCUUACCAACGUAUUCGCGAUGCAGGAGCCCAUGUACAUCAUCCAGAAGCCGAUGAGCGCCAAGGGCAAGUGCGUGCAUUGCAACAUGGUCUUCCCCGACGACGAGCUCCGCCUCGGCUUUAGGGAGACGCCCGCAGCUAUCGAAAAAGGACCGUGGAAGUGGAGUCACGUCACGUGCGUUCCCGUCGACAGGUGGGACACGGCCGAGGAUGUCUACGGCGAGGUUGACGAGAUCCCCGGCGUCGCCACCACCGAGGGUGCGUCGCGGACUGUUCGCCUCGCGCACUCCAACGCGCGCGCCAACGCCAUGCGCCGCGCCACCGCCACCGCCCAGCACGAGGCUGAGAAGGUGGCUGAGAAGGAGAGAGAGGCCUCCAGGAAGGCUGCCGAGAAGGCCAAGGCCAAGGCUGAGAAGGAUGCGGCUAAGGAGGCCGCGAAGAUCGUCAAGGCUGAGGCCAAGGCGGCCGAGGCUAAGGCUAAGGCUGAGGCUAAGGCUGAGGCCAAGGUUAAGGCGCAGACUGCGGUGAACACCGCCGCCAAGGCCCUGGACUUUGACUCGCCCCAAAAGACCGCCGGCGCCUCCCGCAUCAAGAACAAGUGCGUCGUGCUCGUCGGAACGCUCCACGGAAUGUCCAGAGCCGACGCCAAGACGGCCAUCACCGCCGCGGGCGGCCACUGGAGAGACACGAUCACCUGCAAGACGGAACUCAUCGUCCUUGGGCUGUCCAAACCGUCGGCGCUCGAGAAAGCCGAGGAGACCGCUGAGCAGAAGCAGAUCGAUACCAUCACGGGCAACGAGCUCCUCGAGGAGUUCAGGCUCGCAGGCGUGUCGGACGUGAAAGCACCCGCCAAGCCCGCCAAGAAGAAGCGUGAGGACGGGGAGGUGCAGGGCGUCACCCGCGGGGGCAAGACGAGGAGGACGAGUCUCCCCGCGGCGUGACGUGCAGCACAGCUGUGCUUCUGCCCGGGAGGAGAGCCACGGACGAAACGGGACGACGGCGGAGUGGACGACGGGAGCGUGUCGAGACACGAAAAGACAAACGUGCGAGGACGGCCGUGAUCACGCGGAUGCGGAUGCGGAUGCGGAUGCGUGGCACCAUAGCGUGAACAGCGACGCCGACUUGUGUAAAUAAACGGACUCACCCUUUUCUGCUUC